AUGGAGACCUUCGCUGCAGCACUGUCGUCGUCAUGGCAAGUGACAUUGAGCUGCACAGCGCUGCUAGGCAUCGUCUGCCACCAGAUCUUCAGGCAGCCUGUUGAGGUCGACAGCUGGGGUUGGAAAAUGGUGAUCACAUACUUCAGCGUGCUCGGCAGUGUCCUCGUCGGCUAUAUACUGUCAACCGAGCUCAGUCUCGCAUCUGCAAUCCUUCGCACCUACUCGGCCGGAGCGGCCUUUCUUGUGGGACUGUCCGUCUGCGGCUCGUUUGUCGAAUCUAUAUCAGUAGGUAGUUACCUGUUCAGCGUUUACGACACGGCACGAACAUUGCAGUACCACCUGCAUGUCCAGAAGCUCCAUUCGAAAUAUGGCGACUUUGUGCGGACCGGGCCGCGCGAGGUCACGGUGCUGCGCGCUUCGGCUGUCGAGCUCAUCUAUGGCUCUUCGUCAAAGUGCACGAAAGGCACAUGGUACGAUCAGAACUCGGGGAAUCCCGAUAAGGUUGGCAUCGAGAAUGUCCGUGAUAAGGAAAAGCACCGAGUCCGCCGGAAGGCUUGGGAUAAGGGGCUUGGUUUCCGAGCUCUCAAAACGUACGAGACACGAGUGUCCGGCAAAGUGAACCAACUGAUGACUCGCAUUGGCACGGGCAAGCCGGUUAAUAUAACGCAAGACAACAUCUUCUACGCCUUUGACGUCAUGGGAGAUAUCGCCUUCUCCAAGGACUUUCAUAUGCUCCGGUAA